AUGAAGUCAACUCAGUCCCUGCGAAACGGCCCACAUGUCCCAAUUGGACAAUAUGGUGUAUACAAAGGAUGGUGGGGAAACAUCGGUGGCGAGAAGCAAAGAGGUAUUAUCACGUACGGAAUCGCAACAAACCGUCUAAAUCCUAUGGCCCAGGCUGGUCAUAAUGCUGUCUUCAAUAUAUGGCGACGCUUCGCGAGCCAGGUCUGGUAUUUUGGGCCAUCUCUGGCUGCGGCCUGGUACGUGAUGUACUGGGCGGAUAAGAGGACUGUUGGCAGGAACAAGUUUCUCAAUUCAAAGGUGGGCAGAGAAACAUAUGGGAGAGAUGAGUAG